UUCACAUCGGAGGAACCAGACUGGGAAGGGACGGUCGAACGAGGGAGUGGAGCCUGGUGCUGGCCGUUCUGCUUGUUGUCAGGAGGAAAUGUGAACUGGGCUGUGGCUCGCUCGGUUGUGCAGCCAUCGGCUCGCGCGUUGUCAUCCGGACUGAUAACAGAGACUUUCAGUGGGACGCCGUUCCCGGCAAUGCUUCAACAACUAUCGGGCUUCAACUCAGCAAACCCCUGACAAAUGGCUCCAGCAAGAAUGGUCGGCAAAGUUGCCGGCAGACUUUUAGGAAGUGUCUGCUUCGCUUUGAGGGCAACUCCGACGACUUCGUUCCUUCCCAAGGUUCAACAGAGAGUUCUUCAACCAGGAUGUUGGCGAUUCUGUAGCACGCUGUCGCCCUCCACUGAUGCUUCGCUGAGGUACAAAUAUGGCCGCUUGGUUCUGGAGACCCCGCUGCCGUCGAGGAAGGAGAGGUGCCAGUUCUUCCUCCGGCCCAUGCUGAUGAGCGUGGGAGACCUGAUCUCUGACCUGCAGACAGAAGACCCCGGCGCCGUGGCCUCCGUUCUGUCCAAAGAUGGCGAGCGAGUGUCAAGCACCACGAUGAUCGAGUCUUUGCUGGGCAAUGACUUCCAGCUGGUCAUCAACGACGCGGUUUAUAACGUCCGCUCUCCAGAGAAAGUGGGGGCGUCCAGUGACGCAGCGGAGCUGGAGGACAUGAAGCACGUGGUGCACCUGCUCCACACGGCUCUCCACCUGCCGGAGCAUCACUUCCUGCAGGAGCGUCAGCUGCUGGAGCGAAUGGACAGCCUCAAGAAGGAACUGUCCCCACUGGAGGAGAUGGUGGCGCAAUUGAGCAAGUCGGCGGAGUUCCACUCCUCCAGAGCGGUGUGGACGGGGCUGGCUCUGCUGUCGGUCCAAGGCGGAGCGCUGGCGUGGCUCACCUGGUGGGUCUACUCGUGGGACGUGAUGGAGCCGGUCACCUACUUCAUAACCUACGCCACCAGCAUGGGAGCCUUCGCCUACUACGUCCUCACCAAGCAGGAUUACGUAUAUCCGGACGUGAAGGACCGACAGUUCCUGCGCUACUUCUACAAAGGGGCCAGUAAGAAGCACUUCAAUGUGACCAAAUACAACCAACUGAAAGACGAACUGGCUCAGGUGGAGGAGGAACUGAGGCGUCUACGUUACCCAACGGAGCUGCAGCUUCCACUGGAGCAGAUCCAGCCCAAGCCAUAAGAAAGAAACAAAGCCAUGAAGACAAAGAUCACCCAAUCUUUCAGACACGUUUUAAUAUGGAGUUCCUCCUCAUUCCGCGUAUCGUUUACAAUCUUUCUAAUGAUGCCGAUUUUAUCUGACGCUGCAGGGCGAUGAAUUAAAAAGGCAUUUCAUGAAGACGUGAUGGUCAAAGGUGCUCCCUGAGAUCCCGCAUCGCUGGUGGUGAUUUAAGUAUCAAAACACAAAUUCCCUUUUCAUCAAAUAUGAAGUUUUCAAUCUGGUUACAUGAGUUUAACUUGCAGCAUCUCCUGGCAUGUUUUCAGCCUUAAUACAAACAGUUCAUGUAAAACCUGGAAUGCUUUGUUACUACUUUGCUAUUACUACGCGACACAGUCAUCCAGCCCCGACAUCCAUAACAUGAACCUUCUUUUACUUCUUUGGACGGAAGUAGAGCUUCUUUGUGAGCAUGGACGCGAAACACGGAACCUGCUUCUUACCUAUGGAGCUUUUGUCAUUACUUCUCAAAACGCUCCUCAUCGACACCUUUCUGUUGACCAGCGUCAGCAGCUCCGUGAACUCCAGAGAAUCUCCGUACUUCUGAAGCAGCUCGCACAAGUCUUGGAUGUACCAGGAUCCGUUCAUCGUCUCUCGGUGGGAAUAAUAACCUUCGGCGGAGAUGAAACCAAUUACACUGGGCGAUCGUUCAAACAUGAGGCACGGGGGCCAAAUCUGGCCCGGGAAGUCAUUUUAUGAGGUCGACAUGAGCUUCACGGAAGCACCGACGUGUUAUCGAUAUUACCUUCCGUCAUCAUACUGUUUACUACAAAGCAGAGAUAAAAAAUAUCAAACUUCUGCGAAACAGGAUGAAGGGAUGGAAAGGUUUGUGCGUCUUGAGUGACAACUUGAAGUGACGGGUCAAGCCGGACAAGUCAGGUGAAGGUAAACACUGAGACAUUUUGUUCUACUGUCCCUCUCAAGGAACGUUGGAACUACUCAGACAAUAGUUCUGUCACUCCUGCAUCCCGUGUUUUUGGUAGUAGAUCGGUGUGUAUUUCUGAACCAUUUACCUUCAGCGACAGAGUAGCACAUGAUGAAAUCAGCUCCGGCCGGCAGAGUGCGGAUGACACCGGCGUCCACCACAUCUUCGUUUGUGUUCAUUUCACUGUCCACGUCGUCGGGUGGGCACACGGGCUCGUCGUGUUUGUCUCCGCGACAAGCCUGCCGACACAACGCGCACUCAAUGUCUUGCUACGUCAUGAAAUACGCCAUGGUUACCUGUAGAACGAAGAUCUUCGGCUUCCCUACUAGACUCUGGCACUUGUCUCCUUUGAACAGCGCCGUGAUGUCCUGGAUGCUGAUCUUGCCGUCGUAGGUGUAGACAUGUUCGUCCUCACCGUGGCUCAGGAAGACGAGGAGGAAACAGUCAGCAUCGGAAUGGUCG